UGCCACCCAGCACGGCACAAUCACUCACUCUCUGCCUCCUCCCAUUUCCUCUGCGCCACCUUAGCCAAGCUCUCCUCCUUCCUUCCCCGCGCGCGCUCUCUCCUCGCCGGCGCCGCCCCGCGCCAUGUCGUACAACAAGACCGCCUCCAUCACCGCCGAGACCAUAAACCCCAAGGUGAAGAUCUUCGACUACGAGCCCUGCGGGGAGAUCGCCAGGCACGCAGAGCGGUUGGAGCAGGAGAUGGAGAAGAGCCCCGGUUCUCGCCCUUUCCCAGAGAUAACAUACUGCAACCUUGGGAACCCCCAGGCUCUCGGCCAGCGACCCAUAACCUUCUUCCGUGAGGUUCUUUCCCUGUGCGACAAUCCAGCUCUCCUGCGCAGGGAUGAAACUCGUAUGCUAUUCAGCCCAUGUGCCAUAAAUAGAGCGCGGAAGAUUAUUGAGUCCAUGCCUGGCAGAAACUCCGGUGCAUAUACUAACAGUCAGGGAAUCAGAAGUUUGCGCGAAGCAGUCGCAAGUGGAAUCGCUGCAAGAGAUGGUUUUCCAUCAAGACCAGAAGACAUCUUUCUGACAGAUGGAGCGAGUUCAGCCAUUAAUUUGAGUAUGCAGAUACUCAUUAGGUCCCAAGAAGAUGGCGUUUUAUGCCCUUUACCUGAAUAUCCGUUAUACUCGGCGUCCAUUAUACUUCAUGGUGGGACUAUGGUGCCAUACAAUCUUAGUGAGGACGGUGAUUGGGGGCUUGAGAUCUUCGAAGUAAAGAGGUGCUUGGAGGAGGCACGCAUCGCAGGUUUGACUGUUCGGGCUAUGGUGAUCAUAAACCCCGGAAAUCCGACGGGACAGGUACUGUCUAUCACCAACCAGGAGGAGAUAGUAGAAUUUUGUCGGAAAGAAGGUUUGGUUAUGCUUGCCGAUGAGGUAUACCAAGAUAACGUCUAUGUGGAGGAUAGGAAAUUUCAUUCUUUCAAGAAAGUAGCCAGAUCACUUGGGUAUGACGAGAAUGACAUCUCCAUAGUGUCAUUUCACUCAGUCUCAAUGGGGUUCUCUGGAGAAUGUGGCAGAAGGGGAGGCUACAUGGAGAUAUGUGGUUUUGGAGAUGAUGUGAUGGGUGAGAUUCGCAAAGUGGCUUCCGUGACUCUUUGCCCCAACAUAGGUGGUCAAAUUCUUACUAGCCUUGCUAUGGAUCCACCGAAGCUGGGAGAUGGUUGUUUUGAGAAUUUUAUGGCUGAAAAGGAAGACAUCCGUUUAUCUCUCGCCAAGCGCGCCAAGACCUUGUCGAGCGCAUUCAGCAGCCUGGAGGGAAUGACCUGCAACAAAGUAGAAGGUGCAAUCUACGCCUUCCCACGGAUCCACCUCCCUGCAGCGGCGAUCAAAGCCGCCAAGGCCGAGGGCGUGUCCCCAGACAUGUUCUACGCGUGCCGCCUUCUCGACGCCACCGGGAUCGCCGUCGUCCCUGGCUCUGGAUUCCACCAGGUGUCUGGGCGCAACAAGGCCACCGGGACAUGUCAUAUCCGGUGCACGAUCCUCCCGGGCGAGGAGAAGAUCAAGGAGAUGAUCCCGCGCCUCAAGGAGUUCCACGAGUCCUUCAUGAACGAGUUCCGCGACCGAAGCUGAUGUGCAUCUUCAGCUACACAAGCCACAGGCCGGUCAGAGCCCUGAAGGCGGUGUGAUCUACCCUACCCUGUAAAUUAAGCCUGUGUUGUACUACCAAUAAAUAAACUUUCACUACCCUGUAAAUUAAGCCUGUGUUGUACUGCAAAUAAAUAAACUUUGCCAGCAGUGUGUUGGUCCUUCCCUGUAAA